AUGGAGGACGCCGUGGUGGCGCCUUCGCCUUCGCUGCUAGCGGACGCGGCGACGCGCGCGCCGGCCAACAACAUCUGGCACGUGGACUACAACGCGACCGUGGCCAAGGACGCGGCCAUGGGCUGGCAGGGCAUGGGCUUCGUGCUGGGCUUCAACGGCGUCAUGUUCCUCGUGGCGCUGGCCGUGUUCCAGGCGGGCGCGCGCAGCACGCGCUUCAGCCUCUUCCGCUUCGGCUCGAGCUCCAUCCUGUCGGCGCGCGCGCAGCAGGCGGCGCAGUUCUCGCUCAAGAAGUGGGGCGACCUGCUCUGGCGCACGCCCAUCCGCGACUCGGACGUGGAGCUGCAGCUCGGGCCCGAGGGCACCUUCUACCUGCUCUACCAGCAGUACACGGCGCGCUUCCUGGGCGUGCUCAGCGUCUUCGCCAUGCUCGUGCUGCUGCCGCUGUACCUCACGAUCGGCGCCAACGCCAUGCAGCAGGUGGAGGCGGUCGCGGAGGCCGCGGUCAAGGGCAUCGAGGCCAUCGCCGACGGCUCCGCGCGCGGAGCCACGGACCUCUUCGCCAUGGACGGAGGCGACGCUGCUGACGCUGCUGCUAGUGCCGUCGGAAGUGCAAGUGGCAGCCUCGCAGCCUCAUCGGCCGCGCAGGACGAGGACAGCCACUGGUGGAGCUUCGCGCACGCCACCAUCCGCGUCAUGCCGCACGAGUCGCCGUACCUCUGGGUGCCCGUGGUCAUGUGCUACCUGACGACGCUCGUGUUCCUAGUGUACUACCGACAGCUGAGCGCGCUGGCCACCAUUCCGACGCACAACUCGAGACGCCACAAGCUCGCGGGGCUCACUACGAGAUCGUCGUCCAUCAUGUCCAACGCCACGAGUGUCGCGACAAUGGGGCAGCCCGCCGGUGAGGUGGACAAGUCGAGCGCCAAUGUCGCGGACGAAGCCGUCACGCCGGAGGUCGUGACCUCGCCGUCCAAGGCGAAGAUGGAGGCGGAAGCGGAGCCCGAGGACCCGGAGAGACAGCCGCUACUAGCCAAGGAGAAGGCCAAGGAGGAGAAAGACCCGGCUGUGGUGGUGGAAGAGCAAAAGCCCAAGGCUCCUGAGCGCACGCAUCUGAUUGGAAUGCAGCCCUCGGCGCUCAGUAACAGGUCGCUCUUCGUCCACCGCGGACUGCCCAAGCAGCUGCGUGAGCAGCGCAUGCUGCGCUUGCUGGACGAGGUUUUCCCUGGCUACGUGGAGGACGUGAGCGUCGUGUUCAAUCUGGCCGAGUUCCACAGCCUGCAGGCUCGUCGGCGCCGCGAAGAGACGGAGUUGGCGCGCAUGAAGAUCCUGCACGAGCUUGAACUUAACGGCGAGAAGCCCUCGUGGUCGCUUCGUCUUUUGCCCGGCGGCGUCAUGAUCCCUUCGCUUCGGUCGCUGUUGAGCAACUUGUUUUGCUGCUUCAGGUGGUGCUCGAGGCCUGUUCCGAUGGAAGAGCAAGAGGAGAAGCUCCAAUACCACAUCAAGGAGCUGCGGGAGAAGGAGGCCAUGUGCCUGUCCCGCAUUCUGCACGAGAACAAGGGCGCCGGACGCGCAUUCGUGAUCUUCAAGUCAGCGAGACUGCGCGCCCGCUUUGUUCGUCGCGUCCGCAACCAGAGCAUCACCUCCAUCUUGGCGCGCUUUCCGGAGCACGCUCAGCCCAGACUUGUGCGCUACGUGCGCGAGCUGGGGCUUACGCGUUGGCAGCUGGAGGCGGCACCUGAGCCCGAUGACAUCGACUGGCAGAGCGUGUCGUUCCCGUUUGCGAAGCGUACUGUCGUGGUUCUGUUGGUGAACGUGUGCAUCCUCGUAGUGCUCCUGCUGUUCACGUCCCCGAUUGCUGUGACGUCGGCCAUUUCCAGCAGCUCGUCGUACUCGACAGGCGCGGCUCAGUCGCUGUCGGACCUGGUGGCACAGCUGGGCGACCUGGUGAAGAAGGUGUCGCCCCACAUGGCGAAGCUGUUGGCGACGUACAUCCCCACGCUGAUCCUGGUGAUGAUCAACGCCGUGCUUCUGAACGUGCUGCAGAUUGCAGGGCGUAUCCAGCCGAUUUCGACGGACUCGGCGAAAGAGCGGUUGAUCUUGCGCACAGCCUCCGUGUACUUGAUUUUCAACACCAUCUUCGUGCCCAGUUUGGCGUUUAUGUCGAUCGAUGCGGUGCUGCUCUACCUCGAGGACGACGGCGAAGUGCUUGGCAUGCUCGGCACACUCUUCCUGCACAACUCGGGCAUUUUCUACGUGGAUUAUGUGCUUCAGCGCUGCUUCCUCGGUACUGCUCUCGUGCUGCUGCGCGCCACCGAGUACGUCAAAUUCUCGUGGGCGAAGCCGCGCGCGUUGACGCCUCGGGAGAAGGUCCAGGCUGUGGAAGCAGAUCAAUUCUACACGGGCACGCAGUCGGCCAUGCAGAUCAGUACGCUGACCGUUGUGCUCAUGUUCAGCACCGUCGUGCCAAUGAUUUUGCCGUUGGGAACGCUCUAUUUCGUGAUGCAGCAUGGUGUGGAUAAGUACUCACUGCUGAAUGUGCGUCGCCGGAUCAAGGGACGUGGUAGCAUUGCCCGUACUGCCACGCACGCCACCUGUGUGAGCCUGCUGCUGUAUCAGGGUGCCAUGAGCGGAUUCAUCCUCGAGCGGGGCACCACGUCGCAGAGUGCCGCCGUGCUCGUAUUGCUCAUGGGCACGUACAUCGUCGUACUGUGGGGCUACGUUCAGGACAAGGACCAGCAGCGCCACAUGAUCACUCGUAGCGGACACAGCUCCCUCGAGCACGUUCCUAACGCGCAGAACUCGGAGUUCCCGUUGAGCAUGCUCAACUCCAGCCUGCAGCCGCUGGAAGAAGGCGGACCCAAGGGCCAGGACGAAGAGGAGCAGGAAGGAGGAGAGCAAGGCGAGCCCGAGGAACCUCCUGCCGGCGACGAAGAAGAACAAGCUCCAGCUGGACCACUUCGCGGUCGUCGGCCUCUGGAAACGCUCACCGAGUCUUCGGCACUGCUGAUGUUCCCGUCUAGCAGCGGGGACCCCGACCUCCUCGCUGGCCCCGACGCCGACUCGAGCGACUUGUACCGCGAGCCCGCACUUCGCAAAUCUCGGGGACUACGGCACCUGGCGCCAACCGCCAUGGAGACCGAGUGGCACACGCUGGGCAAGGUGCAGUACCAUAAGUGGGCCGUGUACGGCAUGACGUGGGCGGCCGAGGGCGUGACGGACCUGCGCGACUUCGUGGCGGCCUGCGCGCCCUACGGCGGGCCCGUGGCGCUGCUGCGCGACCCCAAGAAGCUGGUCAAGGUAGCGUCGGACGCGCCGCUCGCGCGCCAGCUGCUGCUGUUCAACGCGUGCGGGCGCAAGCUGGGGCAAGUGGACUGGGCGCCCUUCGAGGACGCACGCGAGACGCUCGUGGGCAUGACGUGGACGGACGAGCUGCGCCUGCUCUGCGUGUUCGCCAGCGGCAGCUGCGUGGCCUUCAGCAUGGCGGGCGACGAGGAGACGCGCUUCUCGCUGCUGCCGCCCGGCUCCAAGGACAAGGUGGCCACAUUCGAGGCCUGGGGCGGCGGCCUCGUGGCGCUCACGGAGAAGAUGGCGCUCGUGCAGGUGCUGGACGUGGACUCGGUGCGCCCCAAGGUGUCGCUGCUGCCGGACUGCGGGCUCUCGGACGCCAACCCGCCCACGUGCAUGGCCGUGCUGGAGCCCAAGUUCCUCAAGAGCAUCUACCCGGAGGUGCUGCUGGGCACGAGCAACCGCUCGCUCGUGGUCGUGAGCAAGGACGGCGGCGCGCAGGACAUGAAGCUGCAGGACUCCAUCGCCGCGCCCAUCUCGGCCGUGGCCAUCGCGCCCAACGGCCUCUUCAUGGCGCUCUUCUCGCAGGACGGCAUCCUCACGGUGCUCAACACGAUGAUGGACAAGAAGAUCCUGUCUUUUGACACGCAGAGCAAGGCCAGCCCCAUGAGCAUGUGCUGGUGCGGAGAGGACUCGGUGCUCAUGUACUGGCCCAGCGCGGGCCUGGUCAUGGUGGGGCCCUACGGCUCCUGGCUGCGCUUCCCGUACUCGGAGAGCAUCGUACUGGCCCAGGAGGUGGACUGCUGCAGAGUGUACAGCGCGUCGUCGCACGACAUCGUGCUGCGUGUGCCGACCUGUGUGGAGAACAUCAAGGGCGUAGGUUCCACGGCACCCGCUGCCAUGUUGUACCAGGCGCUGGAUGCGUUCGACUCGGGAGACGCCAAGGCGGACGAACACAUUCGGUUCAUCUUGAGUCAGAACGCGCUGGAGGACGCCAUUAAGGACUGCGUGGACGCAGCGGGAAGCGAGUUUGACUACGCUUCGCAGACUACGCUACUGCGCGCCGCAUCGUACGGCAAGUGCUUUGUGGACUCGGCCAUGGACGCGUCUUCGGCUCUUCCUGGAGGCGCUGGAACUGGCGGCGGCAACGCUAUGAUGGAUGCAGAGUUGUUUGUUGAUAUGUGCCGCAAGAUUCGUGUGCUGAACGCGCUGCGCCAACAGGAUGUCGGCUUCCCCCUGACAGUGACACAGUUCGACCGAUUGACAGCGGAGGUUGUCGUGAGUCGGCUGGUAGCAAUGCGCCACCACUUUUUGGCACUCAAGAUCUGUGAGUACAUGAAGAUCCCCACGGACCGCGUGCUCGUCCACUGGGCUUGCGAGAAGGUGAAGGCCGCCACGUCUUCUGAUGUUUCCGAUGAGGAGCUCGUGGCGCUUGUGCGCAAGAAACUCAAGAACGCGACGUUGGUGUCCUACGCUGACAUUGCCAACUGCGCAGAGCGUGUGAACCGGCGGCGACUUGCUACGAUGUUCUUGGAUCUGGAGGAGAACGCGUCCGACCAGGUGCCACUGCUGCUGUCUAUGGGUGAGUUCGAGCUGGCGCUGCGCAAGUCGCUUGAGUCCAACAACACCGACCUCAUCUAUAUGACACUGUUCCACCUGGAACGCACGCUGCCGUCUAUGGAUGAGUUCCGAUACGUGCUGAACCGCGAGCCCAUGUACGCGGAGGCUGUGAACCUGAUGUUGCUCUACUACCGCGCUACGAAGAGCUCGGGCAGCCCCGCGCUGUGGACCGACGUGGCCAGCGCUGAAAACGACCUACUGCUCUCAUUCAAGACGUCAGAUGUCGAAGAGAAGAUCACGGCGCUGAAGGACGCCACCACCAAGUACACAAAUGCCAAGCUGCCGUCGCACGCCAAGCUCGCCGAGGAGCAGAUUGAGCUGCUGCAAGAACAGGGCAAGCUGGAAGAGAAACCGGAGAACGUGAAGCGCCGCAAGCUGGUGGGGCUGUCGAUCUCAAACACAAUGAAGCUGCUGCUUCGCGACAGCAAGUACGAGCCCAAGUUGCUGCCGCUGGUGGCGGCGUUUGCCAAGAAGUUCAAGGUCCCGGACAAACGCUUCUAUCGCGUCAAGAUUAAGGCCCUUGCCGAGACGCGCCAGUGGGACGCGCUGCACAAGUUCUCGAUGGAGAAGAAGAACCCGCCCUGCGGCUUCAAGGCCUUCGCCAUCGCGUGUCUGGAGGAGGGCGAGAAGCAGCAGGCCGAGAACUACACGGCCCGCAUCACUUCGGUGGACGAGAAGUUCGAGACACUCAUCCACCUCGACAUGUACAGCGACGCUCUGCAGCUCGCCAUCAAGCUCAAGGACCCGGAGAAGCUCACGAACGUGCGGAACCUCUGCAACGACGACAACAUCUGCAACCAGGCCGACAAGGCGGCCAUGGAGCUGGGCUUUGUGUCUUAG